AUGCCGGAGGCCCUCCACGCAGAGCCCCCGGCUGAAGGGUCUCUGUUUGGGCCCGAGUAUGCCGAGCAUUCCUCCGAGCUUGGGCGCCCCACCUCGGCCCUCGGCCCCGGGGCCCAUACCCUGUUUGGAGGCCUCCGCUUCAUCAUGGGCCGGAUACAUGCCACCGUGUGGCCGGCAUCCGGCUAG